AUCCUGGUGGAGUUUUGUCCCGGCGGGGCCGUGGAUGCAGCGAUUUUGGAGCUGGAGAAGGGGCUGACCGAGGAACAGAUCCGCGCCGUCUGCAAGCAGCUGCUGCUGGCGCUGCAGUACCUGCACGGCCACCGCAUCAUCCACAGGGACGUGAAGGCCGGCAACGUCCUCCUCACCCUGGACGGGGACGUCAAAUUGGCUGAUUUUGGUGUCUCGGCCAAAAACUCCAGCACCGUGCAGCGCCGGGUGUCCUUCAUCGGCACCCCGUACUGGAUGGCCCCGGAGGUGGUGCAGUGCGAGACGUCCAAGGAGAGCCCCUACGGCUACAAGGCUGACAUCUGGUCACUGGGCAUCACGCUGAUCGAGAUGGCCGAGAUGGAGCCCCCCCACCACGAGCUGAACCCCCUGCGUGUGCUGCUGCGGAUCGCCAAGGCCCAGCCGCCCACCCUGCGGCACCCCACGAGGUG